UAAAUGGUCAGAAUUAUUGGUUGCAAAACUUUAAUAAUGGCGAGCUCGGAUUCUUGCAUGCGAAAAUGGUGAGGAAAUGAGUCUUGUGACAUAGAGAUAAAGUUAUUUUAUGCACAAAAUAUAGUAGUAAUACUUAAGAUGGUACCCAUAUCAUUUUCUAUAUAUAGAGAGGCUUGCAAGAUAUAUAGUAGUACGACACAAACAUGGCAGUUUCAACACAUCAUCACGUGGUUCUCUUCCCUUACAUGUCAAAAGGCCACACCAUCCCUCUCCUCCAGUUCGGUCGUCUCCUCCUCAGUCACUGCGGCAAAGAACAAACCACCUCCGUCACCGUCACCGUCUUUACCACUCCCAAGAACCAACCAUUCGUCUCAGACUUCCUCUCCGACACAUCGGAGAUCAAAGUAAUCUCUCUCCCUUUCCCGGAAAACAUCACCGGAAUCCCUCCCGGCGUCGAGAGCACCGACAAGCUCCCUUCCAUGUCACUCUUCGUGCCGUUCACGCGCGCCACGAAGCUUCUCCAACCUCUAUUCGAAGAAACACUCAAGAAUCUUCCACAAGUUUCGUUCAUAGUCUCCGAUGGAUUCCUCUGGUGGACAUCAGAAUCUGCGGCUAAGUUCAAGAUUCCUAGAUUGUUUUUUUACGGCAUUAACUAUUACGCCUCUGCCGUCCUCAACUCUACUUUACAUCACAAACUCUUUACGGAACCGGAAAUAAAAUCUGAUACCGAACAAGUCACUGUACCGGACUUCCCAUGGAUCCAGGUUAAGAAGUGUGAUUUCGACCACGUCUUCACCGAUCCGAACCAAUCAGGUCCAGCUUACGAACUAUUCAUGGACCAAGUGAUCUCGAGCACCACAAGCCAUGGGUCUUUAGUCAAUAGUUUCUACGAGCUGGAGGCAGCAUUUGUCGAUUACAACAACAACAACUCUGAUACACCAAACUCAUGGUGUGUUGGGCCAUUGUGUUUGAAAGAUCCUCCUAAACCGGGGAGUGCUAAACCGGCUUGGAUCCAAUGGUUGGAUCGGAAGCGAGAGGAAGGACGUCCGGUGUUGUACGUGGCGUUUGGAACGCAGGCAAAGAUAUCGAACAAGCAGCUCAAGGAACUUGCUUUAGGCUUGGAAGAUUCCAAGGUCAACUUUCUGUGGGUCACAAGACAAGACGUGGAAGAGAUUAUUGGACAAGGAUUUAACGAUAGGUUAAGAGAGAGUGGGAUGAUAGUGAGAGAUUGGGUGGACCAAUGGGAGAUAUUGUCACAUGAUAGUGUGAAAGGAUUCUUGAGCCAUUGUGGUUGGAACUCGGCGCAAGAGAGCAUAUGCGUUGGGGUCCCCUUGCUGGUUUGGCCGAUGAUGGCAGAGCAACCACUCAAUGCGAAGAUGGUUGUAGAGGAGAUAAAGGUUGGAGUAAGAGUUGAAACUCAGGACCGUAGUGUGCAAGGAUUUGUGACAAGAGAGGAACUAAGUAGAAAGGUAAAAGAACUAAUAGAAGGAGAAAUGGGAAAAACCGCAAGAAAGAAUGUGAAAGAAUACUCAAAAAUGGCAAAAACAGCUUUGCUCAAAGGGACUGGUUCGUCCUGGAAAAACUUAGAUUUGCUCUUAAAGAAUUAUGCAAGAGUAGAGAGCCAAACGCCAAACGGUGCUACUGUAAAGUGAACCGGGUUUAAACCUAAACCAAAACCAAUAUAUGUUAUUUUGAGAUCUUGAAUAAUUGGUGUAAGAUGAAAAGUCGAUUACUACGAACUAAACCUAUGGAAUAAACAGUGAUCUUGAAUAAUUGACUUUUGUAUUCGAUGGUU